CAUGCAUAGCCACAGAACAAGCUAACAUUCUAUGUCGAUCAGAGCUGAACUUCCUAAAAGACCAAGUGUUCAUCUUUCAAGAUUCAUUCUCCCUGAAUCUUAUCAACAAAACACCCCUGAAGAGAGAGAAAGAGAGGGAGGGAGAGAGGGAGAGAAACAAAAAACCAAAGAGAGAGAAUGAAUUCAUCCAAAUCAUCUAAAUCACAAUGCACAGAUAGAGGACACUUCUCUUCCCAAAUAUUCUUAUGGACUGCUGCUGGGAGCUCCAUCCUACUUCUCAGUGCCUGUUUCAUCACCAGAUGUGUUGUGACAUAUCAUAUCUUUCAAAUCUGUGAUGAGAAAAAGUUUCAGCUACCUGAGAACUUCACAGAACUCUCCUGCUACAAUAAUGGAUCAGGUUCAAUCAAGAAUUGCUGUCCAUUGAACUGGGAACAUUUUCAAUCUAGCUGCUACUUCUUUUCUACUGACACCAGUUCCUGGGUAUCAAGUUUAAAGAACUGCUCAGCCAUGGGGGCUCACCUGGUGGUUAUCAACUCAGAGGAGGAGCAGGAAUUCCUUUUCUACAAGAAACCGAAAAUGAGAGAGUUUUUUAUUGGACUGUCAGAUCAGGUGGUCGAGGGUCAGUGGCAGUGGGUGGAUAACACACCUUUCACAAAGUCUCUGAGCUUCUGGGAUGCAGGGGAGCCCAACAACAUAGCUACCCUGGAGGACUGUGUGACUAUAAGGGACUCUUCAAACCCAAGGCAAAAUUGGAAUGAUGUAACCUGUUUCUUCAGUUAUUUUCGGAUUUGUGAAAUACCGGAAAUAAAUAUUUUGAACAAAGGAAAAUCUCUUUAAGAACAAAAGGCACAACUUAAAUGUGUAAAGAAGGAAGAACAAGAACGUUUCCACAUCCACUGCCCCACACAAGAGACCUGUGUGUUGAACUUCAGAGGACUUCAUAAUUGUUACUCUGAUAUAAAUAAAAAUAAGUAGUUUUAAUGUUAUAAUUCA